UUGAACAGCAAGAAAGAACGUUAUGCCAAUGUUUAGUUUUCACUCCUCUGAUCUGACCGUUGAGUUUUGUUCUUGGCUUUCCUGGAUUGUAACAUCGAGUCGGAAGCAAGGAGUUGUUAGUUCGUACAAGAACAAUUUGAAGUAUUGCAUUUUGACGGUACACAACUUGGCGUCGUACCGGUCGCUUGUUGGGCGAAAUGUCGUCUUGCGUCCACUACAAGUUUGCUAAUAGCAAAGACUACUCAACGAUAUCUUUCGAUGGACUUGCCAUUAGCCUGGCGGACUUACGGGAUGCUGUUUUGGUACAGAAGAAGAUGGCUAAAGGCCCAACGUUUACGCUAGAGGUUGUCAAUGCACAGACGAAGGAAGAAUAUAAAGGUGAUCCUUCUCAGACAAUGAUACCUCGGAACGCUUCUGUUCUUGUACGCCGAGUUCCUCUCAAGACAAACAAAAAAGUCCUCGACACAACAAUUGUGACCGGCAAGGCUGAUUCACCAGACCCAACGCCGUCACAUACGGCUGCUAAGCUUGCCAAGACUGCUGAUUUAGUGCAUACUGAUGCCACUGAAGAAGAGAAGAUAAAGGCCGCUAUGGAGCAAGGCACAGUCGAGUUCACGGCAGUGAAUUUGCCCAAGAUUCAACCGCCUCGUAGAGGUGGCCGGCCGCAACAUCAUGCUGUGCAGUAUGUGCCCCAGGAAUCCAUGGUUUUACCAAGCAAUUACGUUUGCUACCGGUGUGGAGAGAAAGGACAUCACAUUCGCAACUGCCCUAAUCCAAAGUCCGACGUCCCCAUCCAUGUGCCUGGAGCUAGAAACCGUGGUACUGGCAUUCCUAGUGAAUUCCUAGUUCCUGCUAGUGAUGAAAAGGCGCCAGGUGUGUUCCGAGACCGGUCUGGGAAUCUUGUUAUUGCCAAAAUUGACAGGGAUGCCUACCUCAAAGGCAAGAAGCUGACAAAGAAUGAUUUUCCGGAGGGUGCAGAUGUUCCUGAUGCCCCGACAUUGCCAGUCAAGGAAGAGCGUGUUGUCCCUGAGGAGCUAAGAUGUUACCUGUGCAAAGAGCUGAUGAAGGAUGCUGCCCUGAUCCCUUGCUGUGGGCAAAGCUUCUGUGAUGAGUGUAUUCGGGAUCAUUUGAUCAAGAAUGACUUUGUGUGUCCGUAUUGCAAGGAGCUUACAUCCCCAGACAGGUUGUCACCCAAUGCUGGUCUUCGUUUGGCCAUCGCCAAAUUUCUCAACAAUAAUCUACAAGAUGUACCGCCCACACCUGAAGGUGGAAAGAAGAAAAUAGAGUUUCGUCUUAAGACUGCUGGUUCAUCAAGUUCUACUGGCGCCAAGGAGGAGGCAUCUUCUCGCAAGUCAGAGGUUGUGCCAGAGCUUCAGGCUUCUGCUCGUCAAGCUGAAGGCGAGAAGAAGACUGAUGCCGCCUCAACUGCAAACUCGACGGUAUCAACUCCUCAUCGUUCACCAAUCCAUGCUGGUAAUGACGCAAACUCGAUUGGAACACCAGAAAAGGAUACCACUCCGAGGGCAUCACCACCUCGCAGUCGAUCUGCUACUCCUCCACACUCUGGAAGUGACUCUGAAAGUGAACGUAGAAGGAGAAAGAUUGCCCAAGAGUUGCAGCAAACGUAUCAGCAGGUGGCUGGAAUGCAAGCAGUUCCUGGGUCUGUUGUACCUCCGUUCGUACCCAGUGUACCACCGCUAUUCCCUGGAACUGUUGGCAUGUUUCCUGGAGCGCCGGUAGCAGCACCAGCUGUCGUCAGUGAUGCACCACUUUUGUCUGAGGAAGACUUCUAUCGCCUGCGCAACCAACUGAAGAAAGGUGCCCCGCGCUCGGUGAGUCGCAGUAUGAGCCCCAGUGUGUCAGUGUCUCGGAGCAGGUCGCCCAGCCAGCCGCGUGCUCCACGCUACAGCCGUCCACUGCAUCGAAAGUCGCCAAGCCGUUCCUACUCUCGCAGCCGUUCACCUCCUGUGGUGCACACCCGUUCGCCGUCGCCUCGCAAUGAUCGUUACGCCACGCGACGUUAUGAUGAGCGAUACAAUCACCGAUCUCGCUCACCAGCUGACUAUGAAGCAUACCGGGCGUGGUAUGACUAUCAUUAUUCCAGUAGAAGAGGGCGAGGUCCCCCACCUCCACCAUCGCAUGCUGACAGUCGAUAUCAUGAGAGUCGGCAUCGAGAUAGCAGUCGGUAUCGUGAUGAUCGCUAUGCGGAGGAGCGCUAUAGAGAUGAACGUUAUCGCGAGGAAAGAUAUCGUGGUGAGCGAUAUCGUGACGAUGGUUAUAGAGAGCGUGAUCAGCGUGGUGGUGAUCAUCCGCGCUAUAGGUCUCGUUCCCCUGCGUAUCCUAGCUAUCGAGAGUUGGUUGACAACCAUCGCUCACGCAAGGGUGACAGCAGACGAGAGCAUGACCGAUAUGAUGAAGAGUCCCGGUCAUCUAGUCGUUACCAUAACGAAUACCGUGGCCUGAGUCCAGCUCCGAAUCGCUAUGAUUCACCUCGUUCUCGUUCGGUGAAGGAUUCUGCACCAACCACCAGCUUUCGCAUCACUGAGCAUGUUGACAGCCCGUCAGCUGCUGGCAAUGAGCAGCAUCCCAAGAAGAAACGUCGCAUUGUUGAACUUGUCACGGUCCCUGUGGCUGCAGUGAGUCCUCCUCGCCCUUCCCACCGUCCAUCCACAGAGCCUAUACCUGUGGAUGAUGUUGAUGAACCAAGCCACGAAGACGAAGAUGAUGAUGUGGAAACGGUAGCACCCAUCAAGCGCCGCCACUCGUCCCAUAAGAAGAAGAAGAAGAAGCACAAGAGCAAGAAGGACAGGACUGCGGCCGGUGGCAGCUCUACAAGAGAUGAAGAUGAAUACAGCCAGGCAGAUGAAGAGGAGCCACAGCCGCCGCCGCCACCCGAGCAGCCGAAGCAAUCUGAAUCUCACCACCGUCAAAUAGAGAAAUCGCGUCGGAGCAGCAAGUCUAGUAGCAGAACAAAGUCUAGCAGUGCGCGCGAUGAUGACUAUACACUGGUGGAUAUCAUGGUGGAUCCCAUUGACCUGACCACCCACAAGGUCAAGCCAUCCAGUAGCACUACUAGCAUUCGUGACGAUGACGUCGUCCUGGCUGAUGUGCCCAGGGAAAAAUCUGAUAACAAGAAAGAGAAGAAGCACAAGAAGCACAAAAAGCAUCAUAAGCAUGAAAAGUCAUAGCUGUGCUGUGACUCUCAUGUAUCACUUGAUGGAACCUUUAUGAUUAAUUUCCAACCAGUUGGGUGCUGGUUGCUGCUGGUAUGUAGUUUUUAACCCACUUGAAAUGCUUUUUUCUAGCAUAUUGAAAACAUCCAAACGGAUUCUGAAAUAUUGACAAUACUUCCAAAAAUUGUUUUUAAGUUAUGAAAAGCCCAAAACCGUGUCACAAUAUCAUCAUCCGUUUUCAUGAAAGCACACUCACCUUUCCUAUCUCAUAGCGUCUGCUUAUGUUUUUACUUUCAACUUUUAGAUUUCCUAUUGUUUUGCUUCAUACUCAUUUUACGGUUCAUCCUAUUUUCUACAAUACUGUUCAUGACGUGCUGUGUUGCGUUUCUGAUCCUUCUGUUGCGCUUCACAGCCAUUCGGUCUUCGUGUGCAGCAUGACCUGCCACACACUGUGUGAAGCGUGUUGUACACUGUA